AGUAACGGGCGUGUGCGUAUCGUGUUUAUCGAUAAAAUCGAAACAUUUUCUAUCAAUCGCAAUUGUUUAUCGGCACUGAAAGCGAUAUUCAAGUGUUUUACUAAGUUUUUUCAAGUAAUUUUUUCCGAUGCCCCUGCAUGCCAAUCGAAAAUGCCGUCGGAACUUUUGAGCUGAAAAUUCUCGUGUGUGUUUUGUGAAAACUGAUGUCCACCUUGGCCAGCAGCCGACCGCAGCCGCUUAAGCUGACCAUUCCCUCCCUGCUGGAUCAGGAUCAGGACGAGGAGUCGGAGGAGGAACGGAGAAGGAGCGGCAGCAGGAGCAGCACGGAAGUGGCCCCCGCCAUGCAUCCGGACUGCCUGCCCCUGCCGCUGGCCCAGCAUGGAGGCGGUAACUCACCGCAGGUGCGAGAAGAUGACUGCGAUCCGGCCGAGGAGUGUGAGGAGCAGCUCAACAUUGAGGAUGAAGAUGGGGAGGAGGAGGAGGCGGACCAGGAUCUCGAUCUGGAGGAUCCAACCAGCUGCUGCAGUGAGACCAGUGUGCUAAGCGUUGGCCAGGAGCAGUCACAGGCCGCCGCCCAGGCCCAGGUCCAGGCCCAGGCACAAGCUCAGGCUCAGGCUCAGGCACAGGUCCAGGCCAGGCAGCGGCUCCUCAUUAGCCAGAUCUACAGACCGUCGGCCUUUAGUAGUGCGACCACGGUCAUAACACCGCCGGCGGUGGAUGCCUUGCAACUCUCCUCGCUGCCCGAUGAGCUGCUGCCCUCCAAUACCAACACAGUCAUCGGAGGAGGAGGCGGCGGCGGCGGCGUUGGUUCCACCUUUCAGGAGGAGUUCCUGCGCAAAUCCCAGCUGUAUGCCGAGGAGCUAAUGAAGCAGCAGAUGCAUCUAAUGGCCGCCGCCCGGGUUAAUGCUCUCACAGCGGCAGCGGCGGGUAAACAGCUGCAAAUGGCCGCCAUGGCAGCUGCAGCGGCAGCGGUAACAGCGCCCUCCGGCCAGGAUGCACUGGCUCAGCUGACGGCCACAGCUCUGGGAUUGGGACAGGCACCGCAUCAACAGUUGCUACUGCAGCGGGAUCAGGUGCAUCAUCAUCAUCAUCAUCAUCACCUGCAGAAUCAUCACAAUAACAAUGAGAAUCUGCACGAGAGAGCCUUGAAAUUCAGCAUAGACAACAUCCUAAAGGCGGACUUUGGCUCUAGAUUACCCAAAAUUGUGGGAUUGGGUGGAAAUAGUGCAGCAGGGAAUCCUAUGGGAAGUGCUAAGAACCCGAGUGGAACCAAUGGCAGCAGGAGUCCCCUGAAAGUGCCCAAAAAAGGUGCCGGAAAGCCCUUGAACCUGGCUCAGAGUAAUGCCGUAAAUCCUAGCCUAAGCUUCUCCAGCUCCCUGGCCAAUAUCUGCAGCAAUAGCAAUGAUUCCAACAGCACAGCCACUAGCAGCAGCACCACCAACACCACUGUGGCCCCGGUGGAUCUGGUCAAGUCACCACCUCCAGCGGGAGGAGGAGGAGCAGGAAAUGGAGGAGCUACAUCUGGCGGUGGUGGGAGUAAAUCCAGCGAGGAUUCAGGAACGCCCAUUGUUUGGCCAGCGUGGGUCUACUGCACCCGAUACAGUGAUCGCCCCAGUUCAGGUAGAAGUCCGCGAACGCGAAAGCCCAAAAAGCCAGCCACAUCCAGUGCGGCGGCGGGUGGCGGUGCUGCCGGAGGCGGUGGUGUGGGCGGUGAAAAGGGCGAGGUCACGGACGGUGGCACACCGGAGGACAAGCGGCCGCGAACGGCCUUCAGUGGCACACAGUUGGCGAGACUGAAGCACGAAUUCAAUGAGAAUCGCUAUCUGACAGAGAAAAGGCGCCAGCAGCUGAGCGGUGAACUGGGCCUGAACGAGGCCCAAAUCAAGAUCUGGUUCCAGAACAAGCGGGCCAAGCUGAAAAAGUCGAGCGGAACAAAGAAUCCGCUGGCUCUCCAGCUGAUGGCCCAGGGAUUGUACAAUCAUUCGACGGUGCCGCUGACCCGCGAGGAGGAGGAGAUGCAGGAGCUCCAGGAGGCGGCCAGUGCGGCGGCGGCUGCCACGAAGGAGGCCUGCUAGGAGAUCGAGCAAUAUCUACGAUUUAGUAUUUAUAUGGAGA